AUGGUAGGAAACUUCGGCGACUAUAUUACCGCUGCCGGCCUCAUUCCCGCCGACGGCCGGUUUUACUUUAUUAUACGAACAGAGAGCGUUAACGAAGGGUGGAACAACUCGAUCCCUCUCACCAGUACCCGUCUACAACCUGACUACUCCGUUGGGUUUAAACGAGAUUCUCUCUUUAUAGCUACGUAUUAUAUGUACUUCCCGUUCCUGACCUGCGAGGUGGAGUGCGGCGCUGCGGCGCUCGAUAUCGUAGACCGGCAGAACGUCUAUAGUAUGACCCUUGCGGUGUGGGGUAUCGUCGAGCUCUUCUAUACUGUUAAGUGCGAGGAUGAGGUUAACCGGAAGAUCCUUGCCUUCUCCGUCUUCUACUACCUAGUAAUAACUAGGAAAGAUAUCAAGUACUACUAUUAUCCAAUCCGAAAAUUCAACUUUACCGAGUUGGACAGCAAGGAUAAAUGGACAGUAUAUCAAUUUACUAAGAACCUGCCGUCGGAGUUGAACUUUGAUGUCCUACCGCUUUCUGAGGCGACUGGGCUCUCCCAGGAUUUGGGGAACUUAAUUACCUUAUUUAGUGAGCCGAAGAGGAGGAAAUGA